GACAGGUCUAUAUAGCCGGAAGCAAAUCCCCUCACAACCCAUCUCAUCAUCCUACUCAUCACCCCACUCACUACAGCCAAGAUGAUCUCCCUCCCCGUCCCCACCAUCCGCCUCACCGCUAUCAACUUCUCUCUGCCAUACCCCACGCUCAAGAUGCGUCCGGCAGGCUCAAAGCGCCAGAGCACCCUGUCAACCAGCACCAGCACCACAGACAGCUCUCCUCGCUUUUCCCGUCCCGCCAUGAUCCGCCUCGUCAAACGCUCCGCACAAUCGAUAGCCAGAGUCAAGAGGCGCUACCAGUCCAGACUCCGCCGUGCCGGAUCCCACACCGACGAAGAAGAGGAAGAAGAAGUAAUGACCAUCGAGCAGCUCGGGGAUGUCAUGUCCUUCCACCCGCGUACGGAUUACUCGCGGUACCCGUCCGAGUCGUUCCCGAGCAGAAGCGGGAGUGUGUAUGGGGAGGAGGAGUCCGAAUCGAGUGUGUUGCCAGAGUCGAGUGGAGCAUCUUAUAGGGGGGCAGAGUCGGUUUUGUUCAAGCGUGAGUCGAGUGGGGGGUCUGGAUCUGGAUCUGAGGUGUCGUCGCUUGUGCUGCCGGAGUCAGUGCUGGGUCCAACGAUACCCGAGUCGAAUCAAGAGUCUCCAGCGCCGUUGGUUGACUUGACUCCCUCGUAUUCGCCCGAGGCACCUAUACCUAUUGCCGUAGUCGCCGUUCAACGUGAGGCGCCCAGCUUCACAGAAAGUUUCGGCCUGUGGAUAUUCACGAUUCUUCUGUUCUCCAUCUCUAGUUUCAGUUUCGAACUUUUACUCCGUACAUACAUUCCCGUUGUCCUUUCUCUAGAUCUUCUACAGUAGAGCAGCGCCUUUCCAUCCAUGGACUCGUCUCUUGAUUUUCUUUUGGUCGUAUACGCUGUUGCUCUCCUUUAUAUAAAAUUUAUACCUCAUGGUGUUUGUCUCUCUGUAAUGUAUACAGACUCGUACUCAAUUCUCCGGCCCGGCUUGUCAAGAAUCC